AUGGAAGUUCAUGAUAUAAGGUGUUUUCAGCAUUGUGAUCGUGAAAAGAACAUCCUGUGUUUUAACGUUCCAUUGAUAUGCCCUCUUUGUGACAAGGAUUUGACUAAAUCGAGGCUUAGGAUCCCUCCCUAUAUCAUUGAGGCGCCAUUUAUCAUGGCAGACAAUUCAUCCUGUAGUCUGGUUAUAAAACCAACUGUUGGACACUUUUUAUCAGACUUUACAGAUAGCUCGAAUCUUCAUAUCGGAUUGACAGAUUCCGACGGAAAGGUGCAUGAGUUUGAUGAGAGAGGUAUAACAGUUGGGGACGGAUCUUGGACACAUUGUUUAUGUGUAAAUAUACUCGAUGAUAAUGAUCAGCUUGAGGAAGAAUGGGACACCAGUCUUGUAAAGUGUAUUAAUGACAGACUGUGGAAGAAAGAGUUCUAUCAGGAGAACUCUCAUAAUUGUUACGAUUUUGUGGUACGUUUUCUACGACAUUUAGGAUUAGCCAGGCAUUAUUCAUGUCUUGUUGAUAGGUCAAUAUUUUGUGAGAAGAUGAUAGUGCCUGUGACACAUAGAGCAGGGAAAUAUAUUAGUCUAUACAGACAAAUACAAAAAUCUGGUCUUGUUAUACAGAAAGUGGGGUGUCCAGGAUAAAAAAAAUAAACUGCUUAUCAAAAAGUGAAUUAUGAAUUCUAAAAAGGAAACCCCUUUCAACUUUAAUAGACAAUUGUAAAUAUCACUGUGUAAAUGACUAUUUGUACUGUUUAUAAAUUGAUACAAUUUUACUGCAAAUACUGCCACAGUUAUCAUAUCAAAUAAAGGCUUAAAGUUUA